AUGUACCCCCAGCAACCUUUCGUCAUCGUGCAAGCUGAGAUGUGUCGCAAAUCCAACCGGACAUCAAAGACCACUUGUUCGUCUCCUUCGCCUCAACUCGAGGUCAACACACGCAACAAUGUCAUCCAUCCCCAAAGUCGGCUCGUGAGCGGCGCGCCCGACCUUCACCUCGGCGGCUGCGGCGACUUCUACGCAGAGCGGAGCCACCACACCAAGAUCUUCUGUUUUCACGCACUCGACGCGUCAAAGCGCGCGCCGAUCGGCGAAGUCGAGUUCACCGCGAUCCGUGGGCCGCACGGGACGAUCCCCGUUCGCGUGUUCUACCCGCGCAGCGGCGAGGAGCGAAGGAAGGCGGGGGACGCGGGCGCGCUUGUCUACUUCCACGGCGGGGGAUACACAGUGGGCACCGUUGACGAGUUCGAAAACGGGUGCCGACUUCUGGCGGAGCGCGCGGGCGUGCAGGUGUACGCGUGGCGUUUCCCGACACAGCUGGACGAGUACGCGUGCGUCGUUGAAUGGCUCCAGGGAGAAGGUGGCGAGACGAGGGGCGUGAGCCCGGACAGGGUGUGCGGAGGAGGAGACAGCGCCGGAGGGAACAUGACGGCAGCAUUGAGCUUGAGGUUGCGAGACGAGGGUAAGAAACCACUCAAGGCUCAGAUCCUGCUCUAUCCGGAAGCUCGGCUGCCCUUCGAUACUCCAGCAGCGGCUGAGAACAACACGGGUCUAUACCUCGAAUGUAACGGCAUAUUCUCGUUUGCGGACCACUAUCUCCCUCGCGGCGUUGCGCCCUCCAACCCUUAUGUCUCGCCCGGUAUGCAACCCAUCUCUUCGCUGGAGUCCGUGCCUCCUGCGGCGGUGUUCACCUGCGGCUACGACCCCCUGCGCGACGUCGGCGUCGAGUACGCCUCCAAACUCCAGGAAGCAGGGAAUGCCGUCUCCUGGCAUCACUUCGAGGCUCUGACGCAUGUGUUCUUGCAGCUUGCCCCGUGGAGCAAACAGGCUAUGAGGGCGUCGGAGACUGUAGGCGACGAGCUAAAGAGACUAGCAUAUAUGCAUGAGUAG